CUGCUGUGAGGGGAGGAAAGGAUGGACUUGAGGGGAGAGGAUGGGUGCAUCCUUUUAUCUCUCCUUCCAACUCCAAUCCUAUAAAUAAAAGGCUAACCUGUAAAUAAACCAAACGGCAGAACGACCGGUCACUAUGACUUGCACUGACCACCAGAGGGCAGACGCUUAAUGUAGGAGCUGCCCCCGGGUGCUGUCAGACCUGGAGCCAAGAGGAGGAUGGCGGCAUGUUUGCGGGACCAGGAGAGGGCAUGUGUGGCCGGAGCACGGAGGUGGAAGGAGAGGUAAAAGGUGACGCUGUGGGGAGCAUGCGGCAGUGGGAGCAGGCAGAGGGGUGCCAUGAGCCUGCUGAGCACGUAGAAUAGCAUGCGACCGAUAGUCAAGAUUCCAGCUUGUCACUUGCCAUGCCAUUUCAUCUUCUGUGAUUGUGUUUUUCUCCUGAGGCUAAUGUGUAAGAUGCUUUGCAAAUAAGCCAUUGUUUUCAAGUUUCCCUCCAGGAGUAAAAUGGAAGGCGAAUGGAGCGGAUUGGACAUCCACAGUCCGGUUUUUGACAAGAAGAAGAAGUACAGACAUCGCCUUCAUGCCCAUGAGAGUUCCCGAGAUGCCCCCCUGGUGAGCGAGCACGCUCACCAAACGAAGAGGGGGCAGAAGAGGAAGGACCGCCAGCUUCUCGCCGCUGCUCCUUUGAAAACAUCGGAACUCAGUGAGGAGGCGGCAGAGGCCCCUUCUCCGGCCAGGAAGAGGAAGAAGAAGAGAGCUUUGGGGAUACAGGACGGGACGGGCGUGUAUGUCACAGUGGAUAAAGAAAACAUCGAGAACAUGCCGAAGAACUUCAGAAGGGAUGUUGACAUCGUUUAUAUUGACAAGGGCGGGGAGCAAGAGGCAGUCGGAGAGCCCGAAGCAGACCAGUCGCCCGCAGUUACGAAGCGAUGGGAAGAGCCGCGCGAUCAAGUCAGGGGGAAAAAGAAGAAGAAGCGGCGGCGGGAAGCUGCGUCCUGCGAUGCUGGGCUGGGGGGGCCAGGCCCGGCUGCCAGCGUCCUGCCCCAGCCGGAGUCCCCGCUUCCUGCGGGCCCGGGAGGCCCCAUCACACAGCCGCCAGGCGCUGCUCACGAAAAGAAGCCUGGGAAAAGGAAGAGGAAGGCUUCACACCGCCGGGGCUGUGAGAGUCCUGGGACCGCGGACUCCGAGGGGCCGCAGGUGCUCCCUGGCCCAGGGACUGUGGAAGGCACAGGGGACCCCUGCAGAUUAAAGAAAAAGGCCAAGAAAAGGAGGCGGAGGUCUCCCGUGGACAGUGCUCCCUCGGGGCUCCCCACCAGCUUUGAGGACCCGCAGCUUGCCUCACUGGAAGGUAACGCUUCCUCGAUGGAGGCGAGUGCGACACCCCGGCCCCGAGAGGAGGAGAGCCAGGCGUGUCCGGAAGCGCCGAGGUUAGGAGCUCCCGAUGAAGAAAGCAACUUGGAUUCGGCCCGAGAUGGCGAGGCGCAGUAUCUGUCCAAAGACUGGAGAGCCGCAGACGAUGCGGACGUGGACCUGGCCUCCGCCGUGAGGCAGCUCCGGGAGUUCAUCCCCGGCAUCGGGGCGAGGGCCGCCGCCACGAUUAAGCGCAUGUACCGGGACGACUUGGGUCGGUUCCAGGAGUUCAAGGCACAGGGUGUCGCCAUUAAAUUUGGCAAGUUUUCUGUGAAGGAAAAUCAGCAGUUAGAGAAAAACGUGCAAGAAUUUCUGUCCUUGACGGGAAUCGAGAACGCCGACAAGCUGCUGCACACGGACAGGUACCCGGAGGAGAAAGCCGCCAUCACCAACCUAAAGAGGAAGUACGCAUUUCGGUUGCACAUCGGGAAGGGCAUCGCCCGGCCCUGGAAACUCGUGUACUACCGAGCCAAGAAGAUGUUUGACGUCAAUAACUACAAAGGCAGGUACAGCAAAGGGGAUAUGGAGAAGCUGAAGAUAUACCACUCCCUCCACGGCAACGACUGGAAGAAGAUCGGGGAUUUGGUGGCUCGAAGCAGCCUCUCGGUCGCCCUGAAGUUCUCCCAGAUCAGCAGCGAAAGAAACCACGGUGCUUGGAGUAAGACGGAAACCCAGAGACUAAUCAAAGCCGUGGAAGAAGUGAUUCUAAAGACGAUGUCUCCCCGGGACUUAGACGAGGUAGAUUCCAGGCUCCAGGAGAACCCCGAAGGCUGCCUGGCCGUUGUCCGGGAAAGACUCUACAAGGGCAUAUCUUGGGUGGAAGUCGAAGCCAAAGUCGGAACCAGAAACUGGAUGCAGUGUAAAAGUAAGUGGACAGAAAUUCUCACCAAGAGGAUGACGAAUGGCCGGGAUGUGUACCGCGGGGUGAACGCCCUUCAGGCCAAAAUCAGCCUGAUUGAGAGGUUGUAUGAAAUAAAUGUGGAAGAUGCUAAUGAAAUAGACUGGGAAGAUCUUGCUAGUACCAUAGGAGAUGUUCCUCCGUCUUACGUCCAAGCUAAGUUUUACAAGCUGAAAGCCACCUGCGUUCCCUUGUGGCAGAGGAAGACUUUUCCAGAGAUCAUAGACUACCUUUACGAGACGAGUCUGCCUUUGCUCAGAGAGAAGCUGGAGAAGGCGGAGAAGAGAGGCACGGCGCCCCCUCCCGCGGCACCCCCUCCCACUGCGCCCCGGCGUGUCUUCCUGUUGAGGGACAUUUUCCACUGCGACGACAGCGAGGAGGAGGAGGAGGAGGAGGACGGAGGCGGGCGGAGCUAGGAGGGAUCCUCCUGUGCUUUCUGGGUUUGGCUGUGUCACAUCGAGUGUCAGCAAGCUGCUCUCUCUCCGCGCGGCGGCUGGAUAGGCGAUGCCGUGGUCACAGGAGGCGUGAG